AUGCCAUGUGAAGGCUGCAUGGAGAAGGACAAUGAGAGCACUGAUGCAACCAUGGAGUUCCUCCUUCUUGGCUUCUCUGAGCAUUUCCGUCUGCGGGUCCUCCUCUUCCUUAUCUUUCUCAUCAUCCAUUUGGUCACACUGGCAGGGAAUACGAUGAUCUUCAUUGCUGUUUUUAUGGAGCAUUCUCGUCCUCCCAUGCUUUUCUUCCUCUGUCAGCUCUCCAUCAUUGAGCUUUGCUACACCUUAGUCAUUGUCCCUAAGGCACUCCUCGGCCUGAUGGUUAUGAAUGGCAUCACCAUUUCCUUCAUAGGCUGUGCUGCCCAGAUGUACCUUUUUGUGGGACUCGGCGGAGCUGAGUGCUUUCUCCUGGCAGCCAUGUCGUAUGACCGCUACGUUGCCAUCUGCCAGCCCCUCCACUACGCAGUGGUGAUGAGCGAGGGGCUCUGUCUUAGGCUGUGCAUAGCAUGCUGUCUGGGAGGCUUUGCUGUUGCCCUGGGGUUGACAGUGUCUGUUUUCCACUUACCUUUCUGUCAGUCACAUCACAUCAACCACUUCUUCUGUGACAUCCCUGCAGUGCUUCACCUGGCCUGCACACACAGCUACACCCCUGAGCUUCCCCUGCUGGCGGCCUGUGUGCUCCUCCUGCUACUUCCCUUCAUCUUGAUCCUGACCUCUUAUGUGUGUAUUGCUGCUGUUUUGCUACGUAUCACUUCCUCCCUCAGGAGGGGCAAGGCCUUUUCCACUUGCUUUUCACAUUUGAUCAUCACCUUGCUACACUAUGGAUGUGCCUCCUUCAUGUACAUUCGUCCUAAGUCCAGUUACUCACCAGCUCGAGACAAGAUGGUUUCUCUAGUCUACACCAAUAUUACUCCAUUACUAUACCCCCUUAUUUAUAGCUUGAGGAACAAGGAAAUCAGAGGAGUCCUAAGGAAAAUGUUGAGGAGGCAGAGAAUAGCUCAGCAGAACUGGAGUACUAUCAGGGCUGUUACAGGUGUGAACUAAAUUUUAGGAGAACAAAUGUUUCUGUUGGAAAUGCAGCCCUGUAGCUUGGCUAGGACAAGAUUCUCUAUAGACUUCACUACAGUAAAUAUCCAGGCAGAAUACAACAUGCACUAAUGUAUUUUUGACAAAAUGACAUCUCAGCCUACAAAGAAAAAAGGAAGUAGGAAAAGGAACAACAACAAAAAAGCCUCUGACAUAACACUACUUAAAGGGAAAAGUUGUAUCAAUUUGUGAGUAAGAAGAACUCUGAUCAGUUCUCUGAUCAUAUAUAUACCCAUACUUACAUUUACAGUCAUCUCAGCAUGCUCAAAAGAUCAACACAAAAUUAUUUAAUGCUGCUGACUUGUUUUCGUUAUUUUUCUAUCAAGAAGCAAGUAGAUACUGGAAACUGAAAGUCAAUGAAUAUUUUUAGUCUGGUAAGUUUUCCAGCACAAAAAAAACCCCAAAGGGCACUAUUAGAAGGUUACAAAAGGAAAUACUGUGUUUUGAAAUAAAUGAAAAUUAAGCUAUGAUUUUCUCCCAAUUUAGCAUAAGGUGGCACUUCUAACAUUCCGUCACAAGUGAAAAGAUCAUCAGUGUAAACUCAUCUUACUUUGAAUUAUUCUAGGUAAUGAAAGUGCCACUGGUUUGAUAGGAGAGUGACUUUCCUAUGAGUGUUUUACAGGAGAAACAUUUCCUUUUAUAGGGAGAUGCUUUAGAUUUUGACUGUUCCUAUGGCAACACAAAGACUCAGAUACAGGUCUUAUCAUGUAGCUUUUAUCAGGAAAGACUGCAUCAUGUAAAUAAGAACGCCUGAGGAGUGUUAAAAUCCAUCAGCAUAAAUCUUACAUAAAUCUAAUAACACUGCCGCUGCAACUACUGUUGUUCCUAUGCCAAAACCAGUGAGAAUUCUAGCAUAUGCUGCAGUGCAGCAGACAUAAGAAUCUGAAAUGUGCACAGCAGUGUUAUUUUGUGUGUUUAGAAUCAGAGAACUAUCAAGAUUGGAAUAGACCUCCCAGAUCACCUGGUAGAACCAUCCACCUACCACCAAUAUUUUCCAAUAAACCAUAUCCCUUAUUAUAACAUCUAAACAUUACUUGAACACCUCCAGGGACAAUGACUUCACCACCUCCCUAGGCAGCCCGUUCCAGCACCUGACCACUCUUUCAGAGAAGAAACUUUUCCUAAUAUCCAAUCUACAUGUAAGCAGAACAGGACAACUUAGACAAAUAUGAAAAUAUUAGUUUUGUUCAGGAACAGUGGUGAAAAAGCAACUUCAGUAUUUUAUUUGAUACUUUACUGCCCCAUGGCUCUUCAAAGCACCAAAUGGACCUUGUGACUCAGAUCUUACAUAUGGAAUUAUCGAGAGAAAAAAAAAAAGGACUUGUUCUUAUUUCUCUGUCUAAUUCAAAGGUAAUUCAUGAACCCACCUGCCCCAGCAGUGGGCUGGGCUAGAGAUCUCCAGAGGUCCCUUCUGAAGUUAGUAAAAGUAGAGAUUUCUACCCUGCCUUUUAGGUGGUAAUGACAUGCUUAUAUACAUGGCAAGAAAAAAAAAGGAGCAGAAAGACAAUGUGGUUUAAAUAGAACUUUGGUAGAGGCCUUCACAUCUUUAUGGCUGUUGUAAGGUUGGGAUAACAAGAGAUGUAAGUAUUGUCUGCUUCUAAUUGUUAGAGAUUAGCAGGACUCUGCCCUAGAGAUGUUCCUCAUGGAUAGUUAUCAGUCAAGGGCACUUCAGCAGAUCUGUUCUUACUGUAUAGGUAGGGAUGAUGCUCUUGAGAGGGAUGCCAUGGCUGAAACAGCAGCCAUAUUAGACUCCUACCUCUGUAGUUCUGAGACACGUGUGAGAACCAAAACCAACAGUGGAAAACUUCUGAGAGGACACAAUCUUCAACCAGUGUCUCUGUGAUGAGUAAAACAAGGAGAUAAUUCAGAGCCCGAGUCUAUCUCCCAUCCUAUCCCUAUCAGUAUGCCCACAUCAGAGUUUACAUGGCCAUAAAAAACAAUAUUCAUCUCUGCAAUUACUUCUUUUGUCAAAGCUGCCCUGAGCAAGGUGCUAGAUGAGAACGCAGAUCUCAUCAGUUGUUUGGCACCAGAGCUCAGCCUGUGGGCACUCAGCCUGUACAGCCUGCAAAAUCUCAUUAGUGAGAUUUUGUGCUCAAGAAUGAAAAGGAUUUGGAUGAUGAUGGCAGAGAUGUCAAGUAAUGUUCAAGGUACUCAAGGUCCAGUAUUUUCAAUGGUACAGACCAAAGAGGUACCUUUACUCAAGAAAAUACUUUGGAGAUGUAUCCUAUAUGCUACCUAUCGUUACCAGUGAUGAUGGUAGGUUACCAGAAAAAUCUUUUCAGUGUAGUGAAACCAGUGAAAAACUGUCAUGCUUCACUGGCAACCCAGGUAAGACAUUUCUUAGAAGUGGUUCCUAUACACACUAAACAAUCAAUCUCCAAAAGAAUUAAAUGGACUUCAAUGUAAAAACAUUUCCUUAGUUCACUAGGAGUCUAAAUACAGGAAAUAUGCUAAGGACGUGUGUUUCUGUUAUGGGCUAGGGAAGUCAACAUUCUGCUGGAAAUCCAAUUUGAAGAACAGGAAAGUUUCAGCAUGAUCACUUACCCUUAGCAAAAGCAUGUUGGC